AGAUAGAUAUGUAUUUUUUUUUUUAAUUGAAGCCGCCGCGAAGGAUUGUGGGUAAGGAGGAUUUGAACGGCUGACGUCACGAAAUUUGAAUCAAAACAAGUUACAUUGCCAUGGAUACGUGAAUGUUAAUUAACUCGAUGUUUAGAUGCUAAAGAUAUCACGUAAAAGUGUAUUUAUAUAUUUACAUUUACAUUUAUUCAUUUAGCGGACGCUUUUAUCCAAAGCGACUUACAAACGAGAAAAUACAAGCAAAGUGAUAUAUCAAGCGGAGAACAAUACAAGUAGAGGUGUACAAGAUCCAUGAAUUGAGUUCCAGAAGAAGCAAAGUGCGCAGAGUGGAGGUGUAAUUUUUUAUUAUUAUUAUUAUUAUGAUUAUUUUUUAAAUUAUUUUUAAUUUUUUUAUGGGUUGGUUAGGUGUUCAUGGAAGAGGUGGGUCUUUAGCGGUUUUUUGAAGAUGGUGAGAGAUUCUGCGGUCCGGAUUGAGGUUGGAAGUUCAUUCCACCACUGAGGAACAGUUAGUUUGAAUGUUCUUGAUAGGGACCUUGAGCCACGCUGAGUAGGUAAUAUGUAUGUACGCAUAUGUAUGUAUAUAUGCGUAUAUGUAUAUCACCAGUCAUCACUAGUGGACAUUUAAUAUCACUCAUCACCGAGAGGGGGCGCUGCCUUGCAACACUGACCGGUUUAAUUAUAGGAAGACGUUAAAAUGCAAUACAUCUAACGGCCGCUAGGUGGCGAAACGGCGUCAACACGCUCUUAAACCGUUUCUAUGAAGUCACGAAGAAAGACUCUUCCUUCCUGUAUGGACAGCAUGGAGAGUUGGAUGUUAUUAAAUGCUAGUGGAUAGCUCAUGUUAUUCUCUGUAUACAGGAACAGUGUACCUCUUCCGACUGACGUCCAUCUUUACUGUGCACUCCUCCUCAUUCCUCAAGCUCCAGUGUCAUGACGAGCGAUCGGGACGUAGCGGCGGUGGGACGCAUCCUCGUGGACGGCCAGCAGGAGCUUCCCGCUCGUUUCCGGGCUCUGUUCACGCUUCGGAACCUGGGCGGAGCCGAGGCGGUGAGAUGGAUCGGCGAGGCUUUCUCGGACGAGUCCGCGCUUCUCAAGCACGAGCUGGCGUACUGCCUGGGGCAGAUGCAGGACGAGCGGGCCAUUCCCGUCCUGGAGACGGUGCUGAGAGACACCGAGCAGGAACCGAUGGUCAGGCACGAAGCAGGUGAAGCUUUGGGAGCCAUUGGGAAUCCAAAAGUGUUGGAUUUACUGAAGCAGUACUCAGAGGACCCGGUCGUUGAGGUGGCAGAGACGUGUCAGCUGGCCGUCAGGAGGCUGGAGUGGCUGAUGAGUGGUGGCGAUGCUGAGAAAUCAGAGGCUGCAGACAGUAACCCUUACUGCUCGGUGGACCCCGCCCCUCCUGCGCAGAGGAAGAGUGUUCCUGAGCUCAGGACGCAGCUCCUGGACGAGAGCCUACCCCUGUUCGAGCGCUACAGAGCCAUGUUCGCUCUCAGGAACCUCGGCAGCGAGGAGGCCGUGCUCGCUCUAGGAGACGGCCUGCAGUGCAGCAGUGCUUUAUUCCGUCAUGAGAUCGGCUACGUGUUGGGACAGAUGCAGCACGAGGCGAGCAUCCCUCACCUGCGCGCCGCUCUGGAGAACGAGACCGAGAACGCCAUGGUGAGGCACGAGUGUGCCGAGGCGCUGGGAUCCAUCGGGCAGGACGCGUGUCUGUCCGUCCUGCAGCGGUACCGCGAGGACGGCGAGCGCGUGGUGAAGGAGAGCUGUGAGGUCGCGCUGGACAUGCUGGAGUACGAGAACAGCGCGCAGUUCCAGUACGCAGACGGACUGCUCCGAGUAAACGCUGCUCAGUGACACCAAAUCAUUUAGGACUUCCGUCAUUACCCACGAUCUACACCUCACCUCACGGUUUAAAACCGCGAGAACAGUUUCUGAACCCAUGUCAAGCGUUUUCUGGGUUAGACGUGGUUUUGGAAUGCGUAACGGUAACACUGGGCAUGAGUAUUAAUCCCCGCUAGGUUUGAGAUGCUUAGGAAUGAUCAAGUUAACUCAAGUGACAAUAGUUUCCACAAAGGUUUAACCACACUACUUUCCUAUUAACGUAUGGAACUUCGAAAAGGCAUUUGAGCCGCAUGGGAGGCGUUCCUGCGUCGCUGUGAGCUCAAAAUAGUGAUAUGAAAUUGAGAAACGUUGAGGAGAAGUUGAAAAACGAGGCUGUGAUUCACCAGGCUGGACAUCUAAUCGGAGAACUCGCUCUCCUGCCAGCCUCUGAUACAGAUUUAAUAGUCCGACAGGCAUGGAUAUGGGCAGAUUCGUGAAAUACGACGCUGGGUGCGCGGCGACGCUCGUUGGGUCGAUGGAUUUAUGACUCGCGUACAACCGUCCUCAACUUCAAUUAGCAGAAUCCUCCCUGAGUUCCAUGCUGCAGCUUGAUGGAUAAACUUGUCCUCAGAUAUUUCCUGCAAGUUAUGAUCACACGGAAAUCAAAUCAUUUAUUUAUAAAGCAGGAGCAUGAUAUUCCUCAGUAUCAUAAUCUGGUUGUUUCUUUUGUUUUGGUUGUGCUUCCUGUAAUUGCAAUAAAUUUCCAAACAAACUUCUA